ACGCGGAAGUGAGAAAAACUACUACGCAUGUGAAACUAAUGACGCCGGUUGCAACCACGCGUGUUUACUCUAAUAUUUACUUAUUUAUAUUUUACGGAAUACAUGUAUCCUGUUUGUAAUGAAAAUGGAAUACAUUUUAAUACGGGAGUAUUUGAACCGCGUCUUGCCAAUGACUUCUUAGGGUUGUAAACUGCGGAAUUUAUGACAGAGGUCCACAAUAAACUCCCGAUGGACAGUGGGAACAUCACGGACCUGUUUCACAGGGGAAGGCCAGUCAGAGUGUGUGCACCCAUGGUCCGCUACUCAAAGCUGGCCUUCAGAUGUUUGGUGAGGAGAUAUGACUGUGAUGUGUGUUUCACCCCAAUGAUCGUUGCAGCUGAUUUCAUGCGCUCUGCAAAAGCUAGAGACAGUGAAUUCACCACUAAUAAGACUGACCGACCCUUGAUUGUGCAGUUUGCUGCGAAGGACGCGCAGACGCUGGCAGAUGCGGCGUGUGUGGUUUCCCCUUUCUCCGAUGGGGUGGAUUUGAACUGUGGCUGUCCACAAAGAUGGGCCGUGUCUGAAGGCUACGGUGCGUGUCUGAUUAACAAACCUGAGCUAGUGAAAGACAUGGUUCGACAUGUCCGAAACCAAAUCGACAAUCCCAACUAUGCAGUAUCCAUUAAAAUAAGAAUUCACAAAGAUGUCAGGAAGACGGUGGAUCUCUGUCAGAAGAUGGAGGCAGCAGGAGUCUCCUGGAUUACAGUUCACGGUCGUACAGCCGACGAGAGGCACCAGCCUGUUCACUAUGACGCCAUUAAGACCAUCAAGGACAGUCUUUCCAUCCCAGUCAUCGCUAACGGUGACAUCAAGAGCAUGCAGGACGUGGAGGCCGUCUACGAGCUCACGGGGGUGGACGGCGUGAUGGCUGCUCGGGGAUUGCUGGCCAAUCCUGCCAUGUUUGCCGGGUACGAGGAGACCCCGCUGCAGUGCGUGUGGGACUGGGUGGACAUCGCAGUGGAACACGGGACCCCGUUCACCUGUUUCCACCAUCACCUGAUUUACAUGCUGGAGCGCAUCAGCUCUCAGCCCGAGAGGAGGGUGUUCAAUAAUCUAUCCAGUACGUCUGCCGUCGUUGACUUCCUUCACAAUGCAUACGGCUCUGCGUAGUUGUUUUUAAUAAAUGCAUUGUUUUAUAAGUCGUAAUAAAGGCACAAAUGAAAAACAUCUGAAUAUGUAUGCGGUUUUAUGCUGAAAAAUGUAUAUAAUUAAAAAAAAAUUUAUU